UCUCUCUCUCUCUUGUUUUUGGCACUUGAGCGAAAAUCCUUGGGGCCUUGUUUUUCCAAUUUUCAUUGUCAGUUUAAGCACGGCGUUAGGUAACGCGACGGCGGCUUUUACUGUCUCGGUAUUGAAACGAAUAUACGCAACGAUCCGUUAAUUAUGUAUGAAAAAUUGGCGAAAUUGUUAAUUGAAAGAAAAUUUAUGCAUUAUACAUAUAACGCGUUAUUAUAACACGACGCGUUCAGCUGCGGAGGAUGAAAGUGGAACGUCCGAAGCCGGACAAGCGUGCGGAUUGGAAGUGUAUAAUAGACGUGACGAUGGAAACGCGUUAAAGAAGCCCCGACGCGUGAAUAAAUAAUAAAAAUAUAUACAAAAAAAAAAAAAAAAAGAUUAAAAAAAAAAAAAUCAGGUUUUUUUUUGUGUUGCGAAUCACGGCGAUAAUCGGAGACCCAGCUACGGGAGUAUGAGAAAGAUGUUUUUCACGGGUGGAAAGGACUUAUUAUACUACGUAAAUAAUCGCGGGGAUUAUAAUAAGAAUAAAGGCCGGGGAGCAGGUGCAUUUAACGAUGAAGUGGAGGAUAGAAAUGGUUGCUCUAGCGGUAUUAAUAAUAAAUUCGUCUUGGAUCGGGCAUGUACGUCAUCUAUCCGGCAGAAGAGCUCCUUAGAAUCUAUGAAACCAACAGGCUACCCGCGGGGAGCUUACUGAACGCUGGCGUGUUGACGAGUCGACGGUGCCAAGUUUCUAACUGGAGUCAGAUUGACUCGAACGCUAAGAAGAUAGAGAAGAGCAAGAAGAAUAAGCCGGGAAAACCGACUAGGAACGAUCACGAUCAGAGCAACAGUAACAAUCAUAAUAACAACAACAGCAAUAAUAACAACAACAAUAACAACAACAACAACAACAAAAACAAUAAUAGUAAUAAAAUCAACGGUAACGGCAACAGUAACAGCAACAGUAACGAUAGCGGUAGUUUUAGUAAUAUCGAGAAGAGCUGUUUAAACUCGUCCGGAAAUUCCGGCGCAUCUAAAGGCCGUAAGAAAAAACGAGUUAUUAUGCAAAAUAACCGCAACACCAACGAGGAGGGCGCACCCAACCCCCUUAAGGACUUGACACAUGCAUCCCUCAGCGAACCGCUAAAGCUCCACAAUGCCAACACCCUCAAGCUCGUUCAGAACGUGUCGGAAUUCGCUCAGGAAUUGGGGGGUGCGAUGGAAAGCCACGCGGCGAACAUACGGCGGCUGGUCGACGAUUUUCGUGGACGUUCAGGAGAGCCGAGGGGAGAUUCAGGAGGGAUGCGACGCGCCUGGGAAAGCCUUUUGCGGCAGGUCGAGGCGGACGCUGCGGCGAAUUUGGAUCUCGCGGGUGUCCUGCAGCAGCAGCUUGCACGGCCAACGCAGGAGGCGAGCUUCCACCGGAAGGUGCAAUCGAGAAAGAUAUUCGCCCACCGCGAGGCGUACGAGCAGGUUGUGAGUAAAACGGAGGAGAAGCUCCAGCGCGCCCGAGUCGAUUACAAGCGAGCUUACGCCGCGCUUUUGAGCGUUGACGUUGAAGGUGGGGGUGAUCACCAGGGCCUUAAGCGGUCCUACCUUGAGGCCCACAACGCUUACGUUCUCCAGCUGCGGGCGACUAACGCGAUAACCGAACGAUACCAGCUUCACUGUCUGCCAAAUCUCCUCAAGGAGAUGACCGAGGUAUACGAGGAGCUUUGCGGGCUUGCGGGGAGCUGCAUGGCCGGCAUUGCCGAGGCGGGGGGGGAGCGGGCCGCCGAUCAGGCCCGCCGCUUUCAGACCGCGGCUAAAGAGGCCCGCGCUGUCGUUCCGGCCAACGACCUUCAGCUCGUUGCCCGAAGCUUGGCUCCCGCCCCCGGGACCCGAAAGCCACCGCGACGCCUCUUCGUCCCUCCGUCACCCCCGGAGCAGGUGCCUCAGGAACGGCUGGCCCAGGUGCCUAAUUUACGGGAUGAGCUCGUGCCAACGGGAACCAGCGCCGCACCCCUGAUGGAGGACCUCAGACGGGAGGCGGACCGUCUCACCCAGGAGAUAAGCCGCCUCCAGGACUCGCUCGAGGCCCUGGUUCGCAUUCAGCGAAAAAGCGCAGAAAGCAGCCUGUUCACCAAAGCAGCGGAACUUCAAGAGGACAUAUCGUUGAAGCGUUUUGACCUGGGGGUUGCUCACCUCCAACUAGCCGCGGUGCAAGCUCAGAAGGAGCUUUUCGGGGGCAGCGAAGCGGGUCCCCAGGACGGGAUGAACGAUCGUAAAAUGUCCAACGGAUCAACCGGCAGCACCAAGCACAAAUGGCUCAAAGCUUUUAAAAGCCUAAAAACAAGCUCUCCAGCGGCCUCGCCGGUUCCCGCAGAAAAGGGGAAGCAAGCGAUGUAUCACGCUGUGUCCACCGUCGUCGCGAUGUCCAGGAAAAAUUUGGAAUCCGAGGGCGGUCACGCUUGGAGAGAAUACACUUACCGAAAGAUCACACCGUGCGAUGCCUGCGGUCAAGUUUUACGAGGCCACAGUCGACAGGGAUUCCGAUGUCGCGGUUGCAAAACGAACGUCCACGCCGACUGCAUAACUUCCGUUCAGCCAGCCACUUGUCCGAGUCUUGGCUCGAAACGAAGCGGCGGAAUUCCUCUUCUCCGCAGACAGCGAAGCACCACUUCGCACACCGCCGAGGACACUUCGUCGACUACCGAUCACAACGUGGACGCGAUAUACCAGGUGCUGAAGCAGGCUGGGGAGAUAAGGGGGAACUCGACGAACUCUCCACCAACACCUCCCACGGCAGAUCAUCCCCCUUCCGGUGCAGCAGCACCCCUGGCUACGAGGACCUCUUCUUCCCAACCCUGUUCCUCGUCCACCUCUGCGCCCCACAGUCCACAACGUCGGAGGGAGCGGCUUAAUUUACGGAUGAAGAGUUUGAGCCUGGAUUCGCCGGAAGGUUCGGCUCACACGCGUCAGCGUCCUCGAGAUUACUAUGCAACUGGUCCGAGGGAAUCUACGCCCCCGCGGUUAUCCGACAGCGGUGGCACCAGCCGGUUAUCGCCCUGCAGUCCUAGCCAAGGACACGGGGGUCACAAGCUUUUAAGAAGCACAAUUCGGAUGUCAAGCAUGGAGCUUCCGGACGAUAUAGAGAAGUCCUAUUCCUCGGCGAGUACUUCCCCGUGCCCCUCCCCGCACGCGGGGAACGCGAAUCAUCUGAAUCCUUUUCCACCAGGAAAGCGUGUCCUGCCGCCGAACAACCUCUACGUUGUUCUCUACAACUUCAACGCCCGUCAUCGGGACGAAUUGGAUCUGAAGGCCGGUUACAAAGUCACCGUUAUAGACAAGUCCGAUCCCGACUGGUGGAAAGGCAAAUGUCUAGGUGGAAGAGCCGGCUAUUUUCCAAGCGCCUAUGUCAUGCGCGUAGAAUCUGGCCAAAGGACGCUUCAGGUCACCCGGAAUCUUCAGCUAGCCGAUCAGACGACUCUGCUCAGAGAUCAGAUCGUGAUCCAGAUCGGGGAGGAGGUGGAUGGCGUGGCGAUGGUGAGAUGCGCGUCGAACGUGAACACGACGGAGAGCCUGAGCAAGGAGACGGAGCCCCGGUUAAAGGAGACCCUGUGCCCUCUUAAGUACCUGCAGGAAGUGUGACCCCCGCCUCCACAGCGGAGUUUCCGUUUCAUAUCGCAGCAGCGAUCGAGCGUUCCGAAUUCUAGCGGAGGCGAGGCGGGUCUUCAAACGCCCUCUUCAGCCUCGGAGAAGUAUUACGACUGUCUUCAGUGCGGCGAAGAGUGUCGACACGCUGGAAACGCGAGUCCGAAUUUACCGAGCGCAGCGCCGCCAACGGCGAAGCCGGCGAACGAAGAGCGUCAGCCGGCCGUUUUCCUCCCGAGAAAACUUCCGCAGACUCCGGCGAAGAAGCGUUCGUCCUUGGCGCGGCCCGUCCGCGUUCACGACGCCUUCGUCCAGCCGAAAAUCGCGGUCAGCUACUGCCAGAAGCCCCUGGAACGCGCUUCCAGCAACCUAGACGAGUUCGACAGCAGCGCCACCUUCCAGUGGCCUCAACGCAUACGCCUCGAUGACGCCAUGAUCGACUACUCGCUACCUUACGCUCGGACCAACAAAGGUGGCAGGCGAAAUUUCAAGGAUACCGACAAGCUGCUCAAGCUCAUUAGCGUCAACAACGUGGACCAAGAUUUAGAUAGCGUUAAAGGAUGUUCCCUCAUGUAGUUGCAGCUAGCUAAUUGGCUGAAGAUCCCGUGUCCGGCUGUUAAUGGUAGACGGAUCCUCGGGAACUGUGGAAAGUUAUACUUUCGGAUCGUUCUUACGGAGACAAAUGGGCUCAACGAUUUUGGCAGACUGAAUUACCGACCGCGCAUGCAUAAGAUUAUUAAAAUUUAUUGAUCGGUAAUUGUUUCGUCCAUGGUACAAGGAAAUAAGGUGUGUUCGUGAGAACGUGACCCUACAUCGUGUCAUUUUGAGCACUAUUUUCAAAAUCUAUAGAACAACCGUUCAUUCUCACGUUCACGGAAUCUUAUUUUAUGGUGGAAAUAAUAUUCAAAUAUUAAAUAAUCGGUUACAGAGGUUAUGUUGUACUUUUUACGACAGAAAAGGAAUUUUUGUCGUGACAUCGUGACUUUUAUACUGCGCAUCUCCGUUUGGAGCACACCUUGUUCCUUUACAUCAUUGUUUCGUCUAUUAGGUAGAGGAGCCAACUUAUGCGAAACGAGGCAUGAGAUGCCAAACUCCCGCAUCAUGUGUCGAACUGAAAUUAUAUCGUUCUCAAGAUUCGAAUCAAUACUUGAAUUGACUAUUCCAGGUCUGCUUACCGCAAGAACAUCGCAUAACCUAAAUAAGCUUAACAAGCGGAAUUUUUCAGCUGAAGUUUAAGUUGGCUAGUCUGUACGAAGACAACAAAAUUUGCGCAUGCGCGGUCGGACGAUCGAUCUGCCAAGUUUCACCAUUUUCUCUCGAUACAAGUGUGUACUGUCAUUGUUGGAGUGAACUUUUUAUAGGAGAUUAUAUAUAAAAUAUAUAUCGUACCUGUCCUCUAUCCCAUGAAUGACGUCGCAGACGUGCUCGGUUUCUCAAUCGCUCACUGCAGUUUGCGAUUCCACACGAGGAACUUUUAUUCUUUUAGAUCAAAAUAUUGAGUCACGAUAUCGAUCGUAAUUCAGAGUUUUUGAACUCUGCCAAAUUUUUCUUGGAAAAAAUUUGAUAGCUAGAGUACAUUUUUCGUCAUCAAUCAGAUGGUCUCUUUUUUUGAGAGAAUAUCUUAAAUUCAUUCUCACUUUCAUCGUACUUGCGAUAUUGAAUCUUCCGAGACGAAAGAUUGUCAUCGUACUUCCUCAGUGGUCUAAUUUUUUAGAAUAUCGAGUUGAACACCAGUACAAAUGGCAAAAUAAAUGCAACAUGAAAUGUAGAACAAGGUGAUGCUUGAAGUGAGCUGAAAGAUCAGCGUACGUCGCCACGUCUUCUUUAUAUGUUUUUAAUCCGCACCCUAUCACUACCUUGAUCUUGAUGUUUCAAGAGCACCCUGAAUCAACUUGCACUAUUGUUGUGUACAAAUUAUAAAGACACGACGUCAAUAUUUUUUUGCGAAAAAGUCGUCCGGUACAGUCAAACAUUUUUUUCAAAACUGGAUAUGUAAUCUAAAAUUUCGUGUGUAAAUUGGGUAAAACUUUUGUACCGUAUGUUUUUACCUUGGAAUUUUCAGUUCUCGUUUUAGCCACACCGAUAUAGCAAUUGCAGAAGAAUAUUGUCAGCGUAAUGUAAAAUCGAUAUCCUGCAUAGAUGAAAAUUUCAGUAUAAAUAUUUGAUAUAAAUAAUAUUACAUAUAUACAUAUAUGUACCCACAAGAUAUCGGUAUUAUAUACAGAUGAAAUGAUGUAACGCGUGCCCUUUCCUUGUUGAACCAUACAAUAUAUUAUAUAACGCGUAUGAUAAAGUAUAUUUUAAGUGUAUAAGUACUCUCAACAAAAACAAGAAAAAAAAAAAAAUAUUAAAAAAAUUAAAAAAACCUGCCCAGUAUUUUUUAAGUAUUAAAUGCAAGAGCAAAGUUGUUUAUGUAAUAUCGUUGUGCCCUUCAUCUGUUAGAUAAUUGAUAUAUUAUACAUAUAUCAGUAUAUUAUAUUAUAAUGUUUGAACAGUUAUGAAACUAUGGAUUGCGUGCCUAUCAAAGAUUUGGAAUAAUUUGAAAAUGAAAGAAGAAAUACACGAUGAGGAAAGAUGAAUUUUGCCGCGUUCCGUGAAAUAUGGGUAAAAGUGGAAAGUAACAAAAAAAAAUUUUAAUAAAAAAACAGAAUUGAAAGUAAAUGAAAGAAACGAGACAGGUUUUCCGAACUGUUAUUGUGAUGUUAAUAAUCUAUACCUAUGAAUGUAUCUUUAAACCCUACGUGAAGCGAAUGGGUAGAAAUGUUGGUGCUGCGUUUGAAAUCUUUGAUUGUGCACGCUUUGUGGCGUGGAAUAUAGAGAAACGUGUGUUUAUUCGAGUUAUAGACUGCACGUAAUAUAUAUAUAUAUAUAUACUAUCUAAAUUAUAUACACGUAUACACUGAGUAUAUACGCUCAUGUUAUAGGAAAGUCGAAGUAAAAAUAAGAAGAAAAAAAAAAAGAACAUGAGAAUAACAAAAACAAAAAAUAUACCACCGCACCGAAAUUAAUUAAGAAGCAAUUUUCUAUUUUAAUUUAAUUUAACUUUAGUAGAAAAAAAAAAAAAAAAAAACUAUCAUAAUCAUUUACUUGUUAUCAGUUUUCCUAUUUCUCGCACGUUUUAUUAAUCGAGCUAUAAAUACAUACCGAUAUUUGUUAAAUUUGCAACACAAUCAAUAGACGGAAAUAAAUGAAAGAAAACGAUUUUCGCGCAUGGAUAACGAUUAAAAAAAUUAUAAUCGAAGAACGUGCGUAAGUUACAAAGUAUGUAGGUAUAGAAAUCAAUCAAGCAUUUAAUACACAGUCUAGAAUCUAGAUAAUAAGAUAUAGUAUAGGUCCUGAAUACCAUCCCGAAUUUUUAAUAAACUAUAACACAAUCAAUUGUAAUCGAUCCUACACUGUGUGGUAGUCUUUACCUGCAGUACCUCAAAAUGGAAAAGUAGUCUUUUUUUUCAUGCCCAAGUUUUCAUUGUGUCGCUGAAAAUCUUGUAGACGCGUGAAAUUUCACGCGUCGUAGCGCGUCUUGUUUGAUUUAUAUUUCAAAGAGAAGGGAAGAAAAAAAAGAAAAAAUCAUGUUCAAUAAAAGUCAAGUUCUACACACUUCUACGCAAAAUAUAAUAGAAUUUUUUAUAGCUAAUCUUCUACCAAAUUUGUUAUACACGAGAAGAAGAACAAGAAUGGAAAAGAACACUGUGUCAAGUAGAGACAAAAAUAAUACUGCAGGCAAUAAAGUAACGAGAAUAAUAUCCACAACAAAUUUUAGCAAAAUUCUCCAACAAUUUUUCACUGCUUUGUAUUACUUUGCAGGUUUUGUAUAAUUAUGUAUAACGUUAUAAUUUCUGAAUAACUUUAUUUCAACAGAUAAUAACCAUUAUAUAGAUUCAUCUUCGAUGGUAAAAAUAAAAAAUAAACCAUUGAUUUAUCCUUUGCUCGUUGCCUUAAAUUAUACCCGAAAUUUCUCUCGUCCACAAUAUAUGAACUUGUUGAAAUCGCAUCUUUUUGCGUACGUUCAUCGAUCCCAAUCCUAAAUCGAUGAAAAUUUCUA